CACACCUGACAGCGUACCAGGAUGGUGGCUCUCCGGUACUCCUAUCCGAAUAACCUCAAAGUCCAGAUGGACUUAGAAUAACAGCUAGCUACACAGAUAAGUGUCUCAAUGUGAACCAUCUAUAUAUAAUAGUACUAUUGUUAGUAUGUAACUAUGCAUCUAUGUGCAGACACCUCAUGACCAAUCUGGAUGUGGAGGUCAUCCUCUCAGUUUACAUCAUUUCAUUCCUGAUAGGCCUGCCAGCCAACCUCCUGGCUCUCUAUGCCUUCAGUGUUAAGAUCCACUCCAAGCCACUUCUGACAGACAUCCUGCUACUCAAUCUGAUCAUCUCUGACCUGCUCUUUUUGAUCAUCCUUCCUCUCAAGAUGCAUGAGGCGGCGUCAGGCAUGAUUUGGACUUUGCCCAAGAUCCUGUGCACCUUCACCUCCUUCACCUUCUUCUCCACAAUCUACACCAGCUCCUUGUUACUGAUGGCAGUCAGUGUAAUUCGCUACAUUGGUGUUGCUUUUCCCAUCACUUAUCAUCAGCUGCAGAAACCUGUGUAUGCGAUAGUUAUCAGUGCCAUUAUUUGGCUAAUCUCAGCAGCACACUGCAGUAUUGUUUUUGCUGCCCAGCACCACCCAUCAGAGAGUGAAAACUCCACUGUGUGCUAUGAGAACUUUACUGAAAAGCAGUUGGAGAUCCUCCUACCAGUACGUUUGGAGGCUUUCUUUGUGCUCUGCCUCAUACCACUUCUAAUUUGUGUUUACUGCUACCUGCGCUGCAUAUUGAUCCUGUACAGCCGACCCCGGAUAUCCCGGAUGCAGAAGCAGAAGGCAAUCGGCAUGGCCUUGGGAACUCUAGCUGUGUUUCUCGUCUGUGUGGUGCCAUACAACAUGUCUCAUCUAGUGGGUUACUUCCAAGGUGAGAGCCCAAAAUGGAGGUACUACACCUUGCUGUUAAGUGCCUUCAACACCUGCAUUGAUCCCAUCAUCUUCUACUUUUCCUCCUCCACUUUCCACUGCAAUAGUGAAAAGUUCAUUUUCAGGAAACGUAGACGCAAUGAUUCAGAAGUGCAAAGGCAGGGGACAAGCGCUGGCCAAGUGAAAAUUACACAUUCAUAA